CUCAGAUUGUUAGAGUUUUGUUUCUCAGGAAAUGAAACCUGACAGGGUUAUAAGCACUCACCCCAGUAGCAGGCGCUUCAGAAGGGAGAAAGACAUGGAUCCUGUUACAGCUGUGGGUGCUGCAGUAGGAGCAGUGGCCGCUGCUCCGUUUGUUCUGGGAGCUGCAGGUUUCACCUCAGCCGGAGUAGCAGCAGGCUCCUACGCUGCAGGCAUGAUGUCUUCUGCUGCUAUUGCCAACGGAGGAGGGGUGGCAGCAGGGAGUGUGGUGGCUGUUUUGCAGUCAGCAGGUGCAGCUGGUCUGUCAGCGACCGCCAAUGCAGCUGUGGCUGGUGUUGGAGCAACAGUGGGAUGGCUGGCAAGCUUCAUCGGUUAAAACAAACAAACAAAAAACACCAAGAAAUCCAUUAUUUACUUUUGACAAAAUUGCUAAUCUUGUUACAUUAAUAAAGCAGUACUUUUGUAUUUGAGACUGUUGAAAUGUUUAGUUGACUGACUUAUGUUGAUGUUUUCCUGUUUCUAUAAAGACUAUUACAAUGUUCCAAAAAUUUAGAAAACUUAAACUGUGUUCCAAUAAAAUUCUUGAGAAAGUGUA